UCAGAAGCCGAGGAUCCCGUAAGUGUUCAUGACUCUCAUCUGGAGGGAAAACCCUUGUGGAUCUACAGCGGGAUGGAGAUGAUCCGAGUCGUGCUGGCCGUGCUGGUUCUGCUGGGGCCCGUGGAGGGCAGGAGGGCCCGGGGCCAGCGGACACACACACCGGAGAGCUUCCCUCUGGACUUCACAGCUGUGCAGGGAAACAUGGACAGUUUCAUGACUCAGGUGAAGAGCUUGGCUCAGUCCCUGUAUCCCUGCUCGACCCCGAGCCUGGACCCGGAGAUGAAGCUUCGGUUCCUGAGGAACGCUUCGGUCUCCUGUAACGACGGCUCACCUGCGGGUUACUACAUAAAGGAGUCCCGAGGCAGCAGGAGAUGGCUGAUGUUCCUGGAGGGUGGAUGGUACUGCUUCAGCAAACACACCUGUGACAGCAGAUACGAGAACAUGAGGCGACUCAUGAGCUCCAGCAAAUGGCCUUCGACAAGGACAGGAACAGGGAUUCUGUCUCCUCAGCCGGAGGAAAAUCCACACUGGUGGAACGCAAACAGAGUGUUUGUGCCGUACUGCUCUAGUGACGUGUGGAGCGGAUCAUCAGCAAAGACAGAUCAGAGUGAUUACGUGUUCAUGGGUUCUCAGAUCAUUCAGGAGGUCAUAAAGGAUCUUGUGUCUGAAGGACUGGACCGCGCUAAAGUCCUGCUACUGGCCGGGAGCAGUGCCGGCGGGACGGGUGUGCUGCUGAACGUGGACCGCGUGUCGGAGCUGCUGGCCGGGCUGGGUCUCGGGGCGGUGCGGGUCCGCGGGCUGGUGGACUCCGGCUGGUUCCUGGAUCACAGCCCGGCCCGGGACCGCGACUGCAGCGACAGCAUGAGCUGCGCCCCGACCGAGGCCGUCCGGAGAGGAGUGCGGUUCUGGCACAGUGUGGUUCCCGAGCUCUGCAGUCGAGCACAUCACGGCCAGGACUGGAACUGCUUCUUCGGCUAUAAGGUUCAUCCGACACUGAAGAGCCCGGUGUUUGUGGUCCAGUGGCUGUUCGAUGAAGCUCAGCUGAUGGUUGAUGAUGUCCAUCUGACGGGUCAGCCGGUCCAGGAGAACCAGUGGCGAUACAUCCAGAGCCUGGGCAGCGAACUCAGGAACACACUCAAAAACGUCCCGGCUCUGUUUGCUCCCGCCUGUUUGUCUCAUGAGAUCAUCACCAGAAAUUAUUGGAUGGACGUCCAUGUGAAGGGUACUUCGCUUCCCCGAGCGCUUCAGUGCUGGGACCGCAGCCUCCGUAACCACGGCAACGGGAGCAUCACGCAGGCUCCGCCCAGGGGUUGUCCCGUGCACUUGAUUGACAGCUGUCCGUGGCCCCACUGUAACCCCUCGUGUCCCAGGGUCCGAGAGCAUGUGACGGGGCAGGAGAUGAGCGUCAUCCAGUUCCUCACACACCUGGGCUUCGACGUGACGCGCAUGGCACAUCAGCAGGGCAUGGAGCCCGACACACUCCUGGGCAUGCUCAGUAACGGCACCUGACACGCGGACCGGCCAAUCAGAGAGCCUCGUGACGUGUGCAAUGCAUUUGAGGACGGGUCGGGCCCUGUCAUGGUGUAAUGGUGUUUGUGAUCAGUUAGCGUGUGCUUUUCUAUAGACUGAAAUGAAGUUCUCCAUAAUGAGGCGAUAUUUGCCCCUUAAACUGAUUUCUAGGAGCAUUACGACCUUUAUAAAGGCAGCUUUUCUAACCUUUGUAAAUGUAAGGGGACGCAUACAUAUGUAGAUUAAUGGAUACUGAAAUAUUGGGGAAAAUGAAAUUAUACUUUAAAUAUGAAAG